CGUGGUACCCUACAUUCAUUUUCGCCAUUCUUUUUUGCACGAUCCCUUUGUUUGUUUACAAAUAAAUGGGAUUUCGUAACGAACCAUUAGAGAAAAUAAGCCGUCGAAUUAGCAAACUCGUUUACGUAAAUAGUUCAGUCAGUGCCGCGUUAAAUUAUUGAAUCGUCAUGGAAUAUAUCGCGAGUUAUUUUUAUAAAAGCAAAAAGAUCGAACAGAAGGACAGUCCGCGGGUCGGAGUCCUCGAACUUUACCUGGAAAGGGUUUUAAGGAUUCUCACAUGGGAAUCCACCGAAAAAACUUUAAAGGUGUUCUUUUUGCUUAAUACCCUUUUUUGGGUGAAUCUCAUGAUAAACUUGAGAUUUUAUGGUGUGAUUUCCCUUCUAACAUUAAUUAUAUUUAUCUUUGACAAUGUAGUACGAGAUCGCUUAUAUGCUGAGCAUACUGGACAGUAUGCCAGUAUUAUAGGAGAUUUACGUGAAGGCUUUUACAAUAUGUUCACAAUAAUCGGGUUUCUACGCAGAGAUAGUCCAUUAGUAUUCUACUCUUCAACGGCUCUGUUCUUUAUGACUUUACAAAUGAUUGGUAGAAGCGUCCCUGGGGAAUUCAUCAUUUAUCUGGUAUUUUUAGGAAUAUUUUUCCUACCUGCAGGUUUAUCUCUUCUUCCUGAGCCAGUAAUUGCUUAUAUUCAAACUGUUACUAAGGAACUUGUGACACCAAGACACUUGCUUGCAGAGGAUGAGUUAAUGCCCUUCAUUCAAGAAAAGGACCCCAACACCGAUCCAGAAUUGGAAAGUUUAUUAACCGACAGAUCUCAAGAUUCAUUUAUCAGCAACCUAGCCAGUGGACUGCAAACAAUGCCCUCAUACCUAGAAGUAGCCGGUGUACCGGAUGAAAUCCAAGAAGAAGACUUAAUUCCUUACACCAACAAGCCCGGAGUCACACACUCACCGGGAGACUCAUCUACUGAUUCGGAAUCAGAACAAAAAGGUCUCUUCUUCGAUUCUGACCAUUUUAACGGCAGCUCCUCAGAGGAAGAUUUUACUAGGGGGAUGCCCAGAACGAUUUCCGAGGGACUUCCCCAAGAAUCAGCCCCAAGCAUGUUCAGGAGCAUGCUUAGUACGAUGGGGAAUAAUGUGGUGGUGAACAUGUUCCAGUCGGCGAUCGUUGGAAGUAGCCAGAGCCCUAGUGAGCCCAGACGAAGAAUCGGUAGCGAUAGCGAUAGUGAUUUUGAGAUAGUGAAUGCUGACGAGGUUGCUGAUGGGGGGGCGAGUAUUGAAAAGGAUAAGUAGAAGAUUGGUUUUUUGUAACAAACUUUUAUAUUGGUGGAAUACUUAAGAAAGCAAACACUUGUGUUUAUUUAUUAUAAUAAUGUACAUAUUAUAUCUCAUAAGUUUAUAUUAUAUAAAGUUAGUGGAUUAUGUUGACCCUUAUAUAUUUUCAGAAGUGUUUAGUUACCCAAACUUUUUCAGUGAUAUUAAAGGCUAUGUGUACAACCUACUUAGAUUUAGCGAGCAUAAUGUGCGCUUGUUUUGUAUUUGUGUGCUCUAUUUAAUUAUCUUAGGUUCGUAAGUUAAUACUCUGACUAUCAUAAACGGUUUUUUUUAAAUAAACAUAAAAAUCAAA